AGCAAGCAAAUCCCCAAACGGUGUCGUCCCCUACCCCCACCGUAAAAUCAGAAAAACGAACCCACCCCCAAAAUCCAAACCCCAACCGGAAAACUGAGAGAGAGAGAGAGAGAGAAUGUCAGGUUAUGAGAAUGUGGUUGGGGGAAAGCUGAAGCUGAAGGGAAAAGCCCUGGAUGUGAAGGCUGGUGGACUGAAGAAGAAAAAGAAAAACAAGAAACGUCAGGAUCAGAUUUCAGAGGUUACAGAAAAUGAGCUUCCACCAGGUGAAACUGCAGAGAUAUCCAUUGAUCCUAACGAGGAAGAUGUAGAUGAUGCCAAAAAAAUGAGUGGCGAUGGGAAGACUGUUCAUUGUGAUGAUCAUCUCACUCCUGCAGAAAGGCGAUAUAUUGAACAGAGGGAGCAAAUUGAUGUUCAUAGAUUAGCUAAGGUAGCUAAUAAAUCUCACCGUGACAGGAUUCAGGAUUUCAACCAGUAUCUGGCAAACAUGAGUGAGCAUUAUGACAUUCCUAAAGUUGGUCCAGGAUGAUUCAGGCAAGUUUAUGAGUAUGAAGAAGGAUCAACCUUUCAUGUCAGUGCUAUGUAUACAAUGUGGUUCUUGUCAACAGUAUUUUUUAUUUGGUCAUAUUGUGCUAUAUGGCAGAUGAUUUUCUGUUUGGUGGUUCCUUUCUGUUCUGGAACUUGAUUACAAGUUGCUCUCUAUGAAAUUUGCAUUUGCAAGAAAAACUCGUAUAUAUAGCCAUCUUAAUAUGCUAAUUAGUGCUUGACUGUCAUCUGUUCCUGCUCUGGGUUUCCCACAAGUCCCUUCCACUUCUUAGAUGGUAUUGGUGAAUUGACACACUUAGAAGUAGAUAGCAUUUAUCAGCUCUUAAGCAUGUAAAAGCAUUGGUUUGUUAGAAUUUUUCCCGCUUGAAAACUCUCUUUCUUUGUGUGUUCUUUUGUUAUUGUAUUGAAAGUUGGUCUCGUAUA